UAUUUACCAUCAGUAGCCUAAGAUCGAACUGGGUGGACCACCCAAUUCGUCCCUCUACUUGUGUUAGACAUGUUUCAACCUCCAGUUGGUAAUAUAGAUCUAGAAGCUCUCAGCGGUAUUUGUGGAUCCAUAUCCAUUGCGUGUUGGGUUGUUGUAUUUUCUCCCCAGAUCAUAGAGAAUUUCCGUCGUGGCUCAGCAGAUGGCUUGUCACUCCUCUUUCUUGUUGUCUGGUUAGCGGGCGAUGUAUUCAAUAUCCUCGGGGCUGUCCUGCAAGGCGUUCUGCCGACGAUGAUCAUCCUGGCUGUGUACUACACACUCGCCGAUAUUGUCUUGUUGGGCCAAUGUUUCUACUAUCGAGGAUUCACCCUGAGGGAUGAACCGUCACCACCGAGCUCGCGCCUCCAGGAAUCAGAUGCCGAAGACCAGCCUUCGUUUCCUGGAAAGGUAUCAGAGCGAACAGCUCUACUAUCCGCAAAGGCGAAUGAUCAUUCCUACCAGGCGCAUCUUCAAGAGCACACGGGAAACGGACACUCAACGUCAGGACCGUCCGGUCAACAGUCCUCUCCACACCAUCAAAAUCACAGGAGACACUCCGCAACCUCCUUCAGGGAUAUUCUCCACUCCAACGUGGAUGGAACACACCUCUCUCCCGUAACACCUUUUGUUGAACCAUCAGCGAAGGAGGCACGUCCUGCGCGCAGAGUCUCCGCCCUCCAAAACGCCCUAUUCAACCUCUCCGCCGUUAUCUUAGUCUGCGCCGCCGGCGUACUUGGCUGGUAUGUCAGCCCUGGAUCAUCAAAAGGUGAAGAUAAGCAGGAUGACAGCGGGUCUCUCUCCUUCGAUACCCUGGGUCAAGUAUUUGGCUACCUAUGUGCAGUCUUGUACCUUGGAUCUCGCCUACCCCAGAUCUUACUCAACUACCGACGGAAGUCCACAGAUGGUGUAUCCCUGUUAUUCUUCCUCUUCGCUUGUAUUGGCAACUUAACUUACGUUCUUUCUAUACUUGCUUACUCCCCGGUCUGCAAGGGGGAGUACGCCCAAGGAAGGGUCAGCCAAUGUCGACCUGGCGAAGCUGCUGCCCUGUAUGGUCGGUAUAUACUUGUGAACUUAUCUUGGUUGAUCGGGAGCUUAGGAACCCUGUUCCUUGAUAUGGUCAUCUUUGCGCAAUUCUUCUUGUAUCAAGAUAAUGGGUACGGCGAGGCUGAGGGAACUAGCGAGGAAACGUUGAGGGGAUGA